CUAAUUUGAGCACCCCUAUUGACAGGCACGGCUCGGAACAGGACAAAAUUAUGAAUUCUGAUAACGACUACACUCUGUGCAAUCUUGACGCUCAUUCCUAUGCUAACACUUUCCCUAACUCCGAAAUACCAGCGAGCAUUUACGGAUUUGCAAACAUAAAUAACAGAUCACUCGAUACCGGUCAGGGGUACUACGGUCCUGACCCCUCCCUUGGAAGUCUUCAGGGUGGGGAGCUAGCUUUGGGAACCAACCCUCAGCUCUCCUACCCGGUAUCUACCAGCGUUAUCGCUCGAGCAACACGCCACCCAGGAGGGUACGGAUUGGGGGUUGGGGACAUCCCGCCUGUCCCCACAGUCAAUGAAUGUUAUGUGCCAAACGGAAAUGGUAACGGGGCAGCAUGUAUGGACAUGGGGGUGCGGACGCCUUUUUCUUGUGCCUCUGACCCUUCUCGGAACACCCUCCCCACGGGGGGAACCAGCGCUUACCUUUCCCACACACCUGGGGGUUCCCCCUUGAAGUCUGAACAGUGCGGAAGUCAGGCCAUGCAAUCGAAGCCCUUUCGUUGGAUGACAAUUAAAAGAAAUCCGACAAAACCAGCUGGCAAACCUGGAGAGUAUGGAUACACGGCACCAUCUCAACAGCAGCAACAGCAAGGAGGAGCAUCGGGCCGUACCAAUUUUACAAAUAAACAGUUAACGGAGCUGGAGAAAGAGUUUCAUUUUAAUAAAUACCUCACCCGCGCAAGAAGAAUUGAGAUAGCAGCAGCUUUAGGGCUCAAUGAAACACAAGUGAAAAUCUGGUUUCAAAACCGGCGAAUGAAGCAAAAGAAACGAAUGAGGGAGAUACAAUUCGAGAAAGGCAAUGAAAAUUCGUGCCAACUUGGACUUGAAGGGCUUUCAGUCCCAACGUUAAGUUUGUGCCAUGAGGCGCGUUAAAUAUUGUGUGUCUAGCUGUUAUAUCUUUCAUCUUUUGAUUUCAUUUCGUUUGUGUCGAAAUGGAAUGCCCGUGAUGAGUGGAGAAAUGCAAAUGCUGAAAUACGUCAGUGAAACCGGAAGUGACGACAUGGACACAAUAUGGCGUCGAGAUAACCGGAUGUGGUGUCAAGGGGCAUAACUCUUCAACUGUGUCGACACCAUCCUUUGAAGUCUACAACAUUGUUUUCAAAGGACUUUUUCUUUCGCUUCAAUUUCCUUUUACUAGAACUUGCAGCUUCCUUGCCAGAAAUAUGCCCGUAUGGGCAAUACAGUACACGAAAUGGACAAAAAAAGGCGUAACCAUGACAAUUCAAUAACAAAUGAAAUAUGAGGUCAUGACAUUACCUUCUAGAUAUCCUUAUCCACUCUUGUAAUUGUCGAUAGGGGCACAUUGAUUAGAAUUCUAGCUCAUCUUUAAUUUCACAAGACCUGAGGA